AUGAGUGAAUCUCAGAAAUUGUCAGUGGAUACUGUGCCGGAGACUGAGUCCUCUCCGGCCACAAGACCCUCUGGUAGCGACCUUGACAACGCCCAGAUGGAGACGGGGGCUGCACCAACCUCGACGGAACCCAGUCAAGAGCAAUUAUCGUCAGUGAAGGAUGAAAUGACCCAACCGAGUACUUCCAUUCCUGGACUGGGUAGCAUCACUACCUCAGCCCAGGGAGACACACCUGAAAGCUCAGCCUUACCCGCCGAACCUCAGUCACAAACCUCUCACGCACAACCAGAGCCACAGGCGCAGAUCGAGAAUGCUACUACGGAGUCCCCUCACGCGAGCGCAGAGGCCAAUGUCCACCAAGAAAGUGCUGGUGCGGAUGCCAUGGAAGUCGACCCCAAUCCUUCAUCUACCGAGGCGGUAGCCAGCCAGCAGGACAACGAAAUGGAGGAAGAGGAGGACGAACAUCCCGAAUGGGAGGUUGACUCUGAUCCGUACGAGUCUUCAUCCGACAGUUCUACAUCCUCUGAUUCAUCCGACAGUGACGACGAGGACUACCCUAUACUGAGCCCCGAGGAACAGGCCCGGAUUCUGAUGCUCGCCGAGGGGGGGUCUGACGAUGAAGGAAAUGAUAAAGGCAAAUCUGGCGGCAAGAUUCGCUCCACCAAUGAGGUUGAUGAGGAUGUCCUGCCGAUUCCAGAGGUUGAGAUCACGCCUGACAUGAAGAUUGUGUUGCUGGGCAAGGUCCAGACCGCGAUCGAGAACGCAGUCCUGAUCGAAGCGAACACCUCCGGUGAGUACCAAGUCCUUGAAUCCGGGUCAUUGCUGUGCUCCGAAGAUCGCAAGGUGUUGGGAGUGGUCUCAGAAACUCUGGGCCGAGUGGAGAACCCCUUGUACACGGUCAUGUACAAGACCGCGGAAGAAGCACAUGAGAAAGGCAUGGUUAAGGAUUUGCCCGUCUACUAUGUCGAGCAACACUCCACUUUUGUGUUCACGCAGCCCCUGAAGGGUCUGAAGGGUAGUGAUGCGUCAAACUUUCACGAUGAGGAGGUCGCCGAAGACGAAGUCGAGUUCUCGGAUGACGAAGCAGAAGCCGAGUACAAGCGCAGAUUGAAGCAGAAGCGUCAAGAGCGAAAAGGCAAUAGCGAGGGCGGUGCUGCUCGUGGGAAAAAGGGACCUCCUGGUCCCUCGAAGUUGAGCCACAAUGAGCUUAAUUAUGAUGAUAAUGGCACAGCUGAAGAAGGCUAUACUCCACUCGCCCGUCCGACAAAUUUGCAUGAGAUGAUGGGUGUUCGCGAGGCGCCCGUGGAAGGCACUGAACGUGGAGGACCCAGUUUCCGCGGUGCUCGUGGGCGAGGUCGAGGCUCUGAUCGGGGCGGUCGUGGAGGACGUGGUAGGGGUGGCGCUGGCCGCGGAGGUUCCUGGGAAAGAGAUCAGGAUCAGCGAGCUCACCACCAGCAGAAUGGCAACGCCUCACAGUACGGACAGCCAACAGCAGCUCCUCAAACCCAGCCCCCUGCGCCGUACGGGCAGCCUGGAUUUCAGCAACAGCAGCCAUACGGCUUGCCACAGGCAUUUGCCGCCUAUCCGCAGUAUCCGCAACACCAGCAGCAGGUUCCUCAGUUCGGUCAGGGCCAGGCGCCAUCGCCAUUCCCCUUCCAGUUCCCUUUCCAGCAACCGUUUGCGCAGGCGUCACCUUUCCCAGGAUUCCCUCCAGGUGCUCAUAUCAACCCGCUUUUCUUGGCCGCAUUGCAACAGCAACAGCAGCAGCAGCAAUAUCAACAGCCCCAGCAAGCUCCUCAAGCCUCGGGUCAGCCACAGGCGCAGAAUCCCCCAGCGAUGAACUUUGACCAAGUGAAAGCUCAGUUGGAUCUCUUGCGACAGCUGAGCAAUGGAAAUCAAGGACCACCUUCUUGA